AUGAAGAACUCUCUGCUCACAGCUGUCUUUUUACUUGCAACAGAUUUCUGCAGCUGCACGAGCUGGAACUCUUCGUUCUGCUGGCAGCUCCCAGACUGGGACAAUGAAUUGGUGUGCUACAGAGAAUUCAGUGAGGAUCUAACCUGUACCUGGCUGCCAGUACCUAGUGCUCCUAAUACAGUUAAUUAUACUAUAUACUUAAAAUGGAACAAAAUACGAAAACUUUUUCAACGAAACACAUCAUCCCCUUACAUCACAAUUGAACGAAAGAAUCUCUACAUUGAGCGAUUUGCAUACAUUUGGAUAGCAGUGAAUUACGCUCAGGCCAGCUGUGUAAAAGGAAGGAACAUCUCAGUUUUACUAAGCAAAGCAGGGAGGUGCUUGACACCAUCUAACAUAAAUGCUCAUCAGAUCACAAACCGGUUGAUAAUAAAGUGGGACCCGCCCACAACCCCUACACCAUAUGAGCUGAGAUACAGAGAGACGCUCACAGAAUCCACUCAGUGGACCGUGGUGCCUGUAGAAAGCAAUGCUGUCAAUAUCACCAUUUUGAAUUUAAAUGCUGUGUCUUCAUACAUCGUUCAGCUCAGAUGCAUAGCCAACGGUGGUCUGAACUGUGUUUGCGUUUGGAGCAAAGAGAUUUUUGUCCCUCACAAACUCAUGAAUAAGCCAAGAAUAUCAUAUAAUGUAACUACGCAAAUCUCUCCAGGAAGAAGAAGUGUUCUUCUGAAGUGGGAGGUAACACAAAGUGAGAACAUCCUUGGAUAUUUUGUCAGUGUGGAAAGAAUACCCAACAGUUGCAGUGAUUCACCAAAUCGCAUCUUUCUCAAUGACAGAAAAAUUCUUCUAAAUCUCUCCAUGGCUUACUAUAGAGUUAAUAUUUCUGCCCAUAAUGAAGCAGGAGAAUCUCCACAAGCCAUCUACAUUGUCCCAGAAUUCUCUGCAAUAGACUUACCUGGUCAAAUUCAUGUCAAACGCCAGGGAACUAAUGCCAUUGUCACCUGGACUCCAGAAUACAAUCCAAAAUGUUUUGUGGUUGAUUGGGGCACUGGUAAAGAGGAUAUGCACAUGAAAAUAAUAACUACAGCUACUGGAAAUUUCACGCUAGAUAAUUUUCAGCCUUAUAAGUUGUACAAAAUAGUGGUACAUGCAUCUGAUGUGUGUCGGUGUGAAAGUUUCAUAAGACAUGAAAAGACUUUUGGAGUGACGCGCUUUUACUUUGUGGAAGGAGUUCCUAGGACUGGUCCCACUAAUGUGACAAUUCUGAAUAUCACAAAGCAUUCUGCACUUGUGAAGUGGAAUGAAAUAGCUGCUGAAGACCGUUUGGGCUUUCUCCGGGGAUACAGAAUCAGCUACACGGAUUCAUCAAGGAAAAAGUCUCUGGCUGUUACUCUCAAUUCUUCUACCACAAGUUACCAUCUUACUGGACUGAAGGAAAAAACCAUCUAUCGUGUGCAGAUUUCAGGAUUCACUGAUGCUGGAGAAGGACCUCUGACUCUAUCACAACCUUUCAGCACUCCAAAAUAUGAUAAAGGAUUUGAAGGUUUUGUGAUUGGCCUUUUCCUCAGCACUAUAUUCGUUCUGGUUUUUGCACCUCUCACUUGUUCUUUGGUGCUUCAAAGAUUGAAAAUAUCAUGCUGGCCCAGCGUACCAAGCCCAAGAAACAGUAGUGCACUCCAAGAAAUGACUAACUGGAAACCUGUUUCAAGUUCACUGCUUCAGGCCCUGUCAGACAAUGACACCACCAGUCUUUUUGUUAUAGAGCAUAAGUCAAAGGCUCCUCUGAAGAUUGGCCUCUUUACAGAUGGUGGAGAAGACAGCACGUGUGACACCUACCAGUCAGAAAAACCUAGCAAUAACAUAGACAUAAGCCAGAGGCAUGAAGAAAUCCCUGCAGAAGCAGUUACAAGUGAAGAAGGUAUCAUUUCCUUUACAGUACCACUCUUGAGUGACUACACCAGCAUGGAUUUCAGUCAGAAAGCCCUGAUGAGUCUGACAGUGAAGCUUCCUGAAAGAGCUGCUCAUCCUCAUCUGGAAAUGGAACUAAGCAGUAAGCCUGCACAAACUGUGCAUAAGGUAUUGUUUGCUCCCCAAGACUACCUCAAACAAAGCCAGGUAGUACUGUUGUCAUCUGGACCAACUUCCAUUGGACAAGUCAUUUUGAACUGAAGCCUCUUCAUAAUUUUCCAAACUUCCAAAACUUCUGAUACUUGACUAGGGUCAUUAGGACUGUAUAGGACAGUGAGCUUGGGGCAAUAGUUGUCUCUACUUCAGAAAAAUUUCUUGGUGAGAUAGAUUGAUUACACAAUUAGAUUAGCUAUUUCACCACAGUCAUUCUGUGGAAAGUCCUACCAUCUUACAGGGGACUAUAGGAAAAACCUUCCAGUAAGAUACCUCUUGCUAGAUACUUAGUCCCAGGGCACUCAGGAGCCAUUCAAACUUCCGCUCUAAGCACAGCGUUUUUGUUGCCAUCAGCAAAAUUCUUUAACUACUAUGACCAGUUUAAGAUCUGAUUUUCAGACCUCAUAAGUUCUUCUUAAGUAAAAUUACAUCAUAAAUAAAAAAAAUCAGCAAAAGUAUCUACACUCCAAAGAAGCUCCCCAGCAGGUCA